AUGGGAAAUCAUUAAUCAUUGUUUUGCUCUAAUUGCAACAAGAGCAUUAAGCGUCUUUAAAGAGGCACUAUAUGUGUUAUAUGCAGUAGACAUCACUGCACUAAUUGCUCUAACAGGGAAAAAAUUUAGAUAGAUGAGAACAACGUUACAUCCAAGAAAAGAAUAUGCCACACAUGCUCAAUCAGCAUAGACAAUAAUGAAUCAAUAAAAAUUGAAUACCUCAAGAACAAGCAAUAAAAUAAGGGAAAUAAACCAGCUAAGUCACAGUAUUCCAAAAGGUAAAUUUCUACUCCAGAUGAGUAAACUUCCAAAUCUAAAAAUGUGCACAAGUCGAUGAUCAUUCAGUCGAAUGACUACAAGAGAAGACAUGAGUCAGAAAGUCUUGAUCCCCGUAUUAGUGAGCCUCUUAAAUACGAAUAGACACUUUCUGUUAAGUUCAACUACGAGCUGAAUUUGUUUGAAGGGUUACCCAAAGUUUGGAGAGAACUUCUAGAAAUACCUCCACAGUCCUAGGAAGUUGAACAGAUUGAUGAAAGUUUAUAAAUCAAGACAAGCAGGCUGAGAUAAAAUAUCAAUAAUUUUGUCAUCUAUGAGGUACAGCCCCGGGGCGAAGUUCAAGGUUCCUUUAUCAUAACAGCUAAUAUCAGAAAGAAGGGUGGUGCUGACAAUAGCUUUAUAAAUGGAGAUAAUAAGAGAUAGCAACUUACAUAAGAGAUUCAUCACUACUCAACCUAGGAUCAGACUUAAUUUGACAACGAGGAAAGAAAAUACUAUGAAGUGGAAAUAGAUGGAAAUAAUGGAUUUAAGGGGUUACCUGAAGAUCUGGAAUAGUAACUGAAAAAAUCCAAUUUUAAUGCAUAAUAAUUCCUGCAAAAUCCUGGAUCAGUACUCGAAGUCUUGAAUUUCAACUCUAAGGGAGGUUUCAAUCAGAAGGAGGAACCCCUACCUUUGCCAGGCAAUAUUGAUUAUACAUCCAUACUUGAAAGUUCAAAUCUAUUCAAGCAAGAUAACCCUGCAAUCUAUUAUGAUAUAGUUAAAUAAAUUGGAUCUGGUGGAUAUGGUAAAAUCUAUCUUGUUUAAAAAAAGGAGGAUCAAUCACAAUAUGCAUUGAAGUUCAUUUCCUAAACUAACUAAAAUUAAACACAAAUAGAUGCAAUUAAGAAUGAGAUUGCCCUUAUGUCUAUCUGCAAAAAUAGUAAUAUCGUAAUGUACUACGAUGGGUACUAUUUCAAGCAGAAAUUCUGGUUAUUUAUGGAAUAUAUGGAUGCUGGAUGCCUGACUGACAUACUUGAAGCUGGUUUCUAUCAAGUAUUUAAUGAAUCCGUUGUGUAAUACUUAGUAUUUGAAACUCUUAAAGCAAUUAAGUAUCUCCAUUCAAGACAUAUAAUUCACAGAGACAUUAAGUCUGAUAAUAUUUUAUUGGGCUCCAAUGGAGACAUUAAGCUUGGUGAUUUUGGGUAUGCAGCGUAGUUAACCAGAGAGAGAAGAAGAAGAGAUUCUAAAGUAGGGACUGUUUGCUGGAUGGCACCUGAGAUCAUUAGAGGAGCGGAGAUGUACACUGAGAAAGUUGAUAUAUGGAGCUUAGGCAUUAUGAUGCUUGAAUUCGUUUAUGGAGAACCACCUUAUCUUAAUUAACCUCAGACUCAGGUUUGCUAUAUGAUUUUGACAAUGAACCCACCAGAAAUAGACCCACUCAAAUGGUCUCAUAGCAUGAGGGACUUCGUUAAAGUGUGUCUCACAAAAGACCCAAGACAAAGACCUACAGUUGAGGAAUUGAUGAAUCAUCCCUUCAUAGCCAAGAUGGAUUAUAUGAAAUGCAAGGAAAGCUAUCUAGAAAUUUUGAAGAAAUAUUUGGAAUAGACAAACAAUCUAGAAAGCAUAUUUUCAGUUUCGCUGAGCAAUAAAUCCUGA